AUGCCCGAGCCGGCCAAGUCCGCUCCCGCGCCCAAGAAGGGCUCUAAGAAGGCGGUGACCAAGACGCAGAAGAAAGGUGACAAGAAGCGCAAGAAGAGCCGCAAGGAGAGUUACUCCAUCUACGUGUACAAGGUGCUGAAGCAGGCUUCGCGGGAGAUCCAGACGGCCGUGCGGCUCCUGCUGCCGGGUGAGCUGGCCAAGCACGCGGUCUCCGAGGGCACCAAGGCUGUCACCAAGUACACCAGCUCCAAGUAG